AUGUCUCUACCAGAAACUUUCAAAAACAACGACGAGGGCACCUUCGGGGCAUAUACUGCCAGCUCGAGGUGGCCAACUAUUGUGGACAACGCAAUUGACGAUCUUCAAGCAGAACUUGAUACCUUGGAACCUUCCACCAAACACUAUCAAGAUGGGAAAUUGAUCCAACAGCAGCUGAUUGACCUAAAGGCUGAGAUCCAGGACGACCAAGCAAUCAGACCCUUCACGGAAUCUGAAAGCGCAAUUGCAAAGAUUCCCGGGUCCUUUAAUGAAGUGAUCUCUCGAAGCCCGCAGACCUGGCAAACCGGCGGCUGGCUGUUUUGUGAAGUCUACUUAUAUCGCCGGAUCAAUUUACUCUUCAGGAGCCUCCCCUCCUGGGGCCAGUUUGAUAUCUUCAACAAGGUUAAACAAUCCACUUUUCAAAGCUCUAUGAUUGGAGUUGUUGAGCUAGCCACUCGCUACAGGAAACUUGAAGCUCAAUUAAAACCUGCGGAUGAGGAAACGCUACAACUUCUUUUCAAAGAAUUUAUCGAUAUCUCAUUGUGGGGUAAUGCCACAGAUUUGUCGCUUUUAACAAAUGCCACCUUGGAAGAUAUUAAGUCCCUACAAGGUGAAGAGGCGAGGAAAGCUUCUGAGUCCAAGAUCUUGAUCAACGACACUUCCAAGGCUUGGGCUCAACUUAGGUCCUCUGGUAGUAACAGGGUCGAUUUCGUUUUAGAUAAUUCCGGUUUCGAAGUCUACGCCGAUUUGAUGCUCGCGUUGUUUUUGCUAGAUACGAAAAUUGUACAACAAUGUGUUUUCCAUGCUAAAGAUAUCCCAUACAUGGUAAGCGACUGUAUGAUCAAGGAUUUCGAGCUACUACUACAGGACAUGAGUUCUGUGGACUUUUUUGAUCUGAAGCAAUUGAAAGACGAAGAGCAAUCUGGACGGCAAUCUCUUGAUUUUUUGGUCAACACUUUAAAGAGCCAUGUCGAAUCAGGUCAGAUUUCUUUCACGCAAGACUCCUUCUGGACUCUAGAUCUAGACUACAGCAAUAUUGAUCCAUCGGAAACAAAAUUUCAUGGUGCUGCCAUUCACAAAGAAUUAUUGCAGAGCGAUUUAGUCAUAUUCAAGGGUGAUUUAAAUUACAGAAAACUCACUGGAGACAGAAAGUGGCCACGCACAACCAAAUGGGAAACUGCCAUUGGUCCCCUGGCCUCAAAUGGCUUGAAAACUUUGAGUUUGAGAACAUGUAAGGCCGAUGUGGUUGUUGGUUUGGCCCCUGGAGUUGAUGAACAGCUAUGUUCCGAAUGGGAGUCACAGAAGAAAACUGAACCCGGCUCCUGGUGGUGCUCGAGCGGCAAGUACGCCGUGAUAUGCUUCUGUGACGGAAAAAACUGA